UCAAGACUUUGCUAUAUGCAUGACUCUUCACUCUAUUUCAAUUGUUCACUCCCAAGGAUCUUUUUCAUAUACAUAUCUUUUACAAGCAGCUGAACAAAAUCCAAGAUGGUUAAACUCAACAUCACUACUUAAACCACCAUUCAUAGUAACACCAAAGACACAAAAUGAAAUCCAAUUAGCCAUUCUUUGUAGCAAGAAGCAUGCUUUACAAGUUAGAGUAAAGAGUGGAGGUCAUGAUUAUGAAGGCCUAUCUUUUCUUUGCAAAACCCCUUUCGUAAUCUUUGAUUUAGUCGAUUUUCGAUCAAUUAGCAUCAAUUUAGAAGAUGAAACUGCUUGGAUUCAAGCUGGUGCAACCAUUGGAGAAUUUUACUAUAACAUAGCCAAGAAAAGUGACAUUCUUGGAUUUCCUUCUGGCCUAUGCCCAAGUGUUGGUGUUGGUGGGCUCUUUAGUGGAGGUGGCAUUGGCACUAUGAUGAGAAAAUAUGACCUCUCUGCUGAUAAUAUAAUAGAUGCCAAUUUGGUUGAUGCCAAUGGUAGAAUUCUUAAUAGAGAAACAAUGGGAGAAGAUGUAUUUUGGGCAAUUAGAGGUGGUGGAGGAGCUAGUUUUGGAGUAAUAACAGCCUGGAAAGUGAAGCUGGUUCGCGUUCCACCCCUUGUCACAGUUUUCACAAUUCACAAGAGUUUAGACCAAGAAGGUGUCAAACUUGUCCAUAAAUGGCAGUAUUUAGCCAGUAAACUACCCGGGAGUCUCUUCAUCCGAGUCAUUAUUCAACAAAUCGAUGGACCUGAUAGCCAUGGAAACGCGAAGCCAGCGGAACUCUUGUUCAAUUCCCUAUUUUUAGGACUGAGAACUGACCUGGUUUCUAUCAUGAACAGGAGCUUCCCUGACUUAGGCUUGAAAAUGGAAGAUUGCGCGGAGAUGAGCUGGAUAAAGUCCGUUCUUUACUUCACAGGCUACGAAAAAGGGGAGCCAUUAGAAGUCCUGUUGGAUAGGAAAACACAGUACAAGAGCAACUUCAAGGGAAAAUCAGAUUUCGUCGUUGAGCCAAUCCCAGAAAGUGUUUUCCAGGGGAUCUCAGAGAGAUUUUUGCACCAAAAGUUGGCUUUCAUGAUAUUGGAUCCUUUAGGAGGGAAAAUGGAUGAAAUUUCUGAAUCUGAAAUACCAUUUCCUCAUAGGAAAGGGAACCUAUACAACAUACAAUACAUAGUGAAAUGGGAUUCAAAUGAUAUGUUGGCAUCCCAACAGCCCUUGUAUUGGAUGCAAAGGCUUUACAAGUACAUGGAACCAUAUGUGUCCAAGUCACCAAGAACUGCUUAUAUCAAUUAUAGGGAUCUUGAUUUGGGAAUCAAUCAGCAGGGAAAUUACUCAAGCUAUCGACAAGCUCUGACUUGGGGUACGAAGUACUUCAAAGGUAAUUUUCAAAGAUUGGCAAGAGCUAAGCAUCAGAUUGAUCCGAGCAACUUUUUCACAAAUGAACAAAGCAUUCCUCCUCUUUCUUGUUAGUACAAAGGAAACCUAAAACUAAUGUGAGUUCACAUUUUCCUUAUAACAGUUCACAUCUUAUUGUUCGGGUAAAAAAAAUAAAACUGUUCAACUUCCUUUAAUGUUAACUAGAAAAUUACUGAGAACUGUGAAAAUGGUCAC